GCGAGGCGGGCAGCGGCGUCUCCGCCCGCCCCAGCUCCACGGUGAGCGCGGGAGCAUCAGUCCGUCUCUGCCGCCGCCCGGCCCCGUCCUGUCUCGGGGCCCCGGGCCCAGCCGAGCGUGCAGGUAUCUGGACAAAAUGGGGAAUGGAUCAGUGAAACCAAAGCAUCUGAGGCGGCCAGAUAGACACGUAGCAAACCUCUCUAUUGGCUGUGCUAGCAACCAUAAGUUUUUGAAGGACCCAGGUCCAGGCAUCAAUGUGAUCAAUGGGCAAGAUGAUGUUCUUUGCAGCAGGGUGCUUGAACUGGAAAAGGAGCUGAAGAGAAAAAAUCAAAAGUUGCAAGAGGGUCAAAGUCGUGUUGUUGAGCUUCAGGAACAGCUGGCUGUGCAGACUAAGGUCAUAGAAGAACUCACCAAGGAACUUCAGAGCAAGUGUAUACAGUUGAACAAGCUGCAGGAUGUUGUUAGCACUCAAGGAGAGCACUCUCUUCAGCCUUCUCCAUUUAAAGUGGCUUCAAGGAUUCAAGUCUCUGCCGAUAGGAGGAGAGGAGCAAAGGAAGGUGUAUCUGCAGAGCCGACAACAUGGCUGUAUGGUUUGAACAGGCAAGCUAUGUUUUCCUUUGAAAAAGCAAGAGUACGAAAGGAUUCCAGUGAGAAGAAGCUUAUCACGGAUGCCCUGAACAAAAAUCAGUUCUUGAAGAGACUGGAGCCUCACCAGCUCCGAGAUAUGGUGGAAUGUAUGUAUGAAAGGACUUUCCAGCAAGGGACCUACGUCAUCAGACAGGGAGAGCUGGGCAAUCACAUUUUUGUGCUCAAAGAGGGCAGUCUGGAAGUAUUUCAGCAGAAUAAACUACUCUCCUCAAUACCUGUGUGGACGACAUUUGGUGAACUAGCCAUUUUAUACAACUGCACACGGACAGCCUCUGUGAAAGCAAUCACCAAUGUUAAAACAUGGGCAUUGGACAGAGAAGUGUUUCAAAAUAUCAUGAGAGUGACAGCACAAACAAGACAAGAGCAAUACAGAAACUUCCUUAGAAGUGUGUCCCUGUUGAAAAACUUACCUGAAGAUAAAUUAACCAAGAUCACGGACUGCCUGGAGGUGGAGUACUACGACAAGGGAGAUUAUGUUAUUCGGGAAGGAGAAGAAGGAAAUACCUUCUUUAUAAUAGCAAAAGGAAAGGUGAUAGUUACCCAGAGUUCUGCAGAUCACUUGCAGCCUCAGCUGAUAAAAAAUCUACAUAAAGGAGAUUACUUUGGAGAAAAGGCUCUCAUUAGGGAUGAUGUCAGAUCAGCAAAUGUUAUUGCAGAUGAAUACAAUGUGGAGUGCCUCGUUAUAGAUAGAGAGACAUUUAAUCAAAUUGUUGGAACUUACGAGGAGCUCCAAACUUACCUUGAAGGUUAUGUGGCUAAGCUGGCCCGGGCUGAUGAAAAACGACAUGCAAAAGGAAGAUCCUUCUGUGGACAGUUAACCAAAGAGGUGUCAUUGGAGAUGAUAGAGCUGAAGGAAAAAGUAGCCCAGCUCCCUCCUUCCCCGUUCCAGAAUUUAGAAGUUGUCACAACUCUAGGUGUUGGUGGGUUCGGAAGGGUUGAGCUUGUUAAAGUGAAAAAUGAGAACAUGGCUUUUGCUAUGAAGUGUAUAAAGAAGAAACACAUAGUGGACACCAAACAACAAGAACAUAUCUAUUCUGAGAAGAAAAUCCUGGAGCAGAUAUGUUCUCCAUUCAUUGUAAAACUAUAUCGCACAUUCAAAGAUAAUAAGUAUGUAUACAUGCUACUGGAAGCUUGCCUUGGAGGGGAAUUGUGGAGCUUGCUGAGAGACAGAGGCAGCUUUGAUGAAGCCACUACCAAGUUCUGUGUUGGGUGUGUGACAGAGGCUUUUGACUAUCUACAUCACAUAGGAAUUAUCUACAGAGACCUGAAGCCAGAAAAUUUAAUUUUGGAUGCUGAAGGAUAUAUAAAACUGGUUGAUUUUGGAUUUGCAAAGAAGAUCGGAUCAGGGCAGAAAACCUGGACGUUUUGUGGAACCCCUGAGUAUGUUGCCCCUGAAGUCAUUCUGAGUAAAGGCCAUGACUUCAGUGUGGAUUUUUGGUCCCUUGGGAUCCUUGUGUAUGAACUCCUUACUGGCAGUCCACCAUUCUCUGGGGCUGAUCAAAUGAUGACAUAUAAUUUGAUUCUCAAAGGCAUUGAAAAGCUGGAUUUUCCUAAAAUAAUAACAAGACGGCCUGAGGAUUUGAUCCGCAGACUCUGCAGGCAAAAUCCUACAGAAAGAUUAGGCAAUCUGAGGAAUGGAAUUAAUGACAUCAAGAAGCACAGGUACAGAGGGGACAAUGAUGCCUCAUGCCACUGCCUCGCCUGCACCCCGCAGCCUGCACCCCAUUGUAGCAUCGCUGCCCUGGGAGAGCUGGGGGGAAGAGGCCAGGAUCCCUGCUUACAGACAGAGAACUCGUCUCCCUGCUGCUCCUGUCUGGGAAGAGGUCCUUGUUGGGGACAGCCCUGCCUGUGCCUGCCUCAGAGUCUGGAUCUGGUUGAUUGACACCUUGGCUCCAGGUAAUUUCAGCUCCAGCCAGGAGACAUUGCUGCUCCUUCCUGUUACACCUGCAGGUUAUCUCAGCUCUGGCUAAUAGAGGCUACGGAUAGCAGAUACUCCUCUGUUCAACUGUGCUAGGAGUGCAGCUUGUUACAGCUCCAGCUAAUGGAUACUCCAGCUGUAUGGCAGCUCCAGCAACUGGAUGCUCCAGAUAAGAGGUGCUCCUGCUUCUUACAGCUGUUGCUGAUGGACAGUCUAGCAUGUUACUACUCAUGAAGCCCCAGCUAAUUUCAGUUCCUGCUUCUUACAGCUCUAGCUCUAUAUUGCUUGCAGCUCCAGCUCCUGAACGGUUGCAAUGAGAGAUGCUGUUGCUGCUCAUUUCAGGUUCAGAUGAUUUCAGUUCCAGCUACUGGACACUCUGGCUUCUUAUCGCUCUGGCUUGUUUCAGUUUAAGGCAAUUUCAGGUCUAGCUUAUUGAAGGUCUAGCUUUUGCAUGGCAUUCCAUCUUCUUAGAGCUCCUGCUGAUGGAUGCUCAGGCUUGUUUCAGUUUCAGCUCCAGCUCAUUCCAGCUCUGGCUACUGGACCCUCCAGCUAAGAGAUGUUCCUGCUUCAUACAGCUCUGACUGAUGGACGCUCUAGCUUGUUUCAGUUUUAGGUAAUUUCAGCUCCAGCUUGUUGAAGCUCCAGCUCUGUAUAGCAUCUUUGGCCACGAGAUGCUCCAGCUUAUUCCAGCUCAAGUUUGAGGCUCCAAGUUAUUUCAGCUCCUGCUUCUUACAGGUCUGUCUUCGUGAAGCUCCAGCUCUACAUUGCAGCUCAGCUACUGCACAGUUGGGAUAAGAGAUGCUUCUGCUUUUUACUGCUGCUGUUUGUCACAGCUCCAGCCAAUGGACACUCAGGCUUUUUUCAGUUUCAGGUAAUUUCAGCUCCAGCUUGUUCCAGCUCCAAAUGAUGGACACUCCAGCUCAAAUAAUGUGAAGCUCCAAGAUAUUUCAGUUCCUACUUCUUACAGAUCUAGCUGAUGGUCGCUCAGCUUGUUUCAGUUUCAGCUCCAGUUCAAUCCAGCUCCACUUUGUUGAAGCUCCACCUCCAGCUACUGGAUGCUCGGGAUGAGAGAUGCUCCAGGUUCUUACAGUUCCUGCUGAUGGAUGCUCCAGCAUGUCACUGCUCAAGUUAUUUGAAGGCCUAGGUUAUUUCAGCCUCUGCUUCUUAAAACUCCAGCUCUACAUGGCAACUCUGGCUACUGGACAUGCCAGAAAAGAGAUGCUUCUGCUUCUUACAGCUCCGGUUGAUGGGUGCUUCAACGUGAGCUCAUAUACACUCUUACUGCUGGAUAUUUUGGCUUGUUAACUGAUGCUCCUUCUUAUUACAAGCUCAUUGCAGCAAUCUAGGCUUUUGGCAAGGUUGUAAAUCAAUCACCGUCAUAAUUUGAAUAUGAAUAUUAACUGUCAUAAUUGUACGUCAUCAAAACAUUGACUAAUUAUUAAAUAACUAUUCUGGUCAUUGAA